AUGCAGGGCCGACUUCGUGCUCUCGAUCAAGCUCACGUGUGCGUCAGUCAGGAGAUCGAGCAACUCGAUAAGAAUGUUGAUAAAAUUCUUGAUCAAAUUAAUUGCACAUUCCAGGACUUUCAGGAAGUAUCGAAUACGGUCGAGAACCGACGACGCGACUUGAUCGAGAGUGUACGAAUACGUCGUGACGAAAAACGAAAAGUCCUCAAAGAUCAGAUCGAGGCAAUUACCGACGAGAAGAAAAAACUCGCCAAGGAAUUGGAGUCAUGUCAACUGGAUGUUCGUUCCAUGGCUCGUCAAUUAGAAACGAUGGAUGGUGGAUGGGAUCGUCAGCUCACACAACCGCGAGAGAACGCAUUUCUUAAGUUGAACACAAACUCAAACCAGUUGAUUUGUGACGUGCAACGAUGUCUGUCUGAAUUUGGAGCUCUGGCUGCUUCAACAACUUUUCCUGGUGAAACGAUUGUCGAACUCAUCGACAGUGCGUCAACUUAUACUGAAGUGAAACUUAUUGUUAGAACUUUCGACGUUGACUGUCGACCGAGAACAUCUGGAGGUGACCCACUGGAUGUUAGACUUCGACAUGGUGAUGUAACACUACCAAUAUCAAUAAACGAUCUCAAUGAUGGCACUUAUGAGCUGUCCUUUCUGGUGCAGCAAGCUGGUGAAUACUUUGUUGACGUGGAUAUUUUUGGUCGUCCAAUAAAAAACAGUCCUUUAACAGUAUCGGUUUCUUCUCAUCAUCCACCCCAAUGGCAGCUGCCAGUAGAGCUCUAUCAACCAGUCAAGGUAUCCAUGAGUGGUGAUCAUAUCCUUCAUGUUCUGGACACUGGCAAUGAAAGAGUACGUAUAGUAAAAGUUAGUGGUGAUGUGAUCAGCGAUAUUAAAGCGCCAUGCCUCAGUGGCGGUGCAGCGGUUGGAAUGGCCCUUUUAUCUGGCGGAGAUAUGGCGGUGUUGAACUGGAGAACAAAAAGUAUUACUAGGCUUGGUCCAAAGGGUGAUGAGAUACAGACCAUCAACUUUUCGGAGUUCAACGAGCCAAUCGAUCUUGCAGCUGAUCAUCGUGGAAGGGGUCGCAUAAUGGUGUCCACCUGUGCAGUCUGUUCUGAAACAGCAUUAGUAAUUGCUGGAGUUGUAGAUGUUAAGACAAACAAGGCACAAAUAGCGAUCUCGCGGUACAAGGGCGCGUUUGUUUUUUACAUAGAUUCGCAUGGUGACCGUCUACGACGUCCUUGUGGCGUAUGCGUCGGUACGGGUCUACGAAGUGGUCAAUGCCUUAUAGUCGAUCAUCCGUCAAAUUCUGUCCGAAUGUAUAAAUUUAAAUAG